AUGCGGCUUCACAGCGUCUCGGUCUUUGCAGCCGUUGCGCUCACAACGCUCGCAGAAACGACUUCUGACCCUUCCGGUUCAAAUAGCUCCCAAGCCAUAGUUCCCGAUGGUCUAGAAGGAGACGACGCAGCAAAGUUAUUGCAGUCAAUUCAGGCAAAUUCCACCAACUCUUGCGAAGCAGCAUGCGCUUCGCUCCUGGGAGAAUUUGGCGCUACCAAAGUCGCGGGCGGCGAAGACCCGGACUAUAAAGCCGCGAUUGAGGGUUUCUGGUCCCAACAGCAGCGAGAGCCCGUACCACGCUGUAUAUUCCGACCAGAGACAGCGCAAGAAGUUGCAAAUGUGGUACGUGUGUCCCAGGCGAACAAGUGUCAAUUUGCCUUUCGAAGCGGAGGCCAUGCCCAAUUCGCGGGUGCAUCCAGCGCAGAUGGAGGCAUAACUGUACUUUUUGAACGCAUGGCAGGCAUUACGCUGUCUGAAGAUAAAAAGGUUGCUUCAAUUGGACCCGGGGCCGUCUGGAGUGAUAUUUACGGCAGCCUGGCUGAGCACAACCUCGCCGUCGUGGGUGGCCGUGUCGCUGACAUUGGUGUCGGAGGACUUGUGACAGGCGGUGGCAUUUCGUACUUUUCCAACCAGCACGGCUGGGCAUGCGACAACGUUGUGUCGUAUGAAGUCGUCCUGGCAGACGGACGCAUUGUGACUGCCACGCAUGAUUCCGAGUACUCUGAUCUCUACUGGGCAUUACGCGGCGGCGGCAACAAUGUCGGCAUCGUGACGCACUUCAACCUCGAGACUUUUGCUCACGGCCCCCUCAUGUAUGGUGGAGACCGAGUAUUCACCAACGAAAGCUUCUCAGCCGCCAUCGAUGCCUUUGUCGACAUGGCCAAAAACCUUGAGAAAGACCCAAAGGCCACGGAGUUCCUGUCCUUUGUCCUCGACACAAGGAACAAUAUGCGAAUUGCAAUUGUCGAUCUCGACUACGCAGACCCAAAGACGGACGCACCUAUUUUCGACACAUGGAACAAAAUCCCCGCGGUUGUCGACAACACCAAAAUCAACAGCCUGGUCAACCUGACCCUGGCUCUCGCGGCACCCAAUCCAAGUGGAAUGCGACGAUCCUACUGGUCCAUGUCUGUCAAACUCACAGACCGUGAAAUCAUCGACCGCCUCGUCGACAUCACCUUUGAGACUGGCGACAAGCUCGCACACGUACCCGGUAUGAUACCCGUACAAACCAUCCAAGUCGUCACCGAGUCACAGCUCAAGCAUAUGGAGAAGAACGGCGGCAACGCCCUCGGUCUCUCCGUCUCCGAUGGUCCUUUUCUCCUGCUCCUCCAGUCCUUCGGAUGGAUGAAUCCCGAGGACGACGAGCUCGUGCUCAAGACCGCCGCAGACAUGGUUGCCCAGAUUAAAAAAGUGAGCAAGGAUUUGGGAGUCGCCCACGACUACAUUUACAUGAACUACGCGAGCCAGUUCCAGGACGUCAUCGCGGGUUAUGGCGAGAGCGCGAAGAAGCUGAGGGAUAUUGCGCGCAAGUACGAUCCUGAGGGUGUCUUUCAGACGUUGCAGCCGGGAUACCACAAGUUGAAUGGGCCCAAGAGUCAGGAUGUGCCUGUGUGGGAUCGUCUCAGGGCUUUUUUCAAUGACAAGUUCUCGUGA